AUGGUAUUGUCCCUCAACGCCCACGUGGUCGGUAGAGUGAAAUGGAAGCCGAACCAUUGCUGCCCUAAUGCAGCGGCUAAAGCAAGAAACGUCAGUGACUUCGCAGUUUCGGCUGCUCUAGGCCUUGCUCCAUGGAAGGCUAUUUGCAAAAACGUUAUAAACUAUGAAAGACGUAAAGAGGAUGGAAUGUUCAACGCUACGGAGAUGACUCGACCUCGACGGGAUGGUGCCAUCAGGGUCAAAGGGACUGUGUCUCUGUCCAUUGAAGAGUUCUCGAACUCGGGAACCAUGGUGAUGAAGAAAAAGUAUUUGGGUUGUGACAAAAGAGUCGGAUGUUGUUCAAUGAAUGACAUACACCAACUGCAAAGAAAUCUAUACCACUUCCAAGAUGUCCCACAGGUGAUUCCAUUUUUGAGGGCUUUCUGUAUAAUAAAGAAAGAUUUAGGGACUUUGAUUGUGAUCACAAGAACUAUUGAUGAAAAGGGUUGGGAUUAG